UCGAAAUGAUUCAGAUGGAGUUAGUUAUCUUGGUCCUGUGUUAGUAGUCGCUGUUUCUCCAAUCCGUGAGAAAUAUUUUGCCUAUGUUAGACCUGAAGACCCGCUGACAGGGACGAUGAUUUUCUGCGGCAAUAAAUAG